GAGACAGCCUCGUUCUGGCGCUGACCUCAGGUCACUCAGUCUGCACGGAGUUUCCCUCACGCGCUUGUAUCAUCACAGGUGAGCGCAUGAAAUGAGCUCUGGGACAUGGCGCUCCCAAGUGUCAGAGAGCACUUCAGUUUAAUGACGGAACUCGAUAUGACUAUAUGUGAAGACACGUUUUCGAAAGCGUGUAGUGUGUGACUGUGUCAGGUUGGGAGACGCGGCUGACAACCUGUUGCUCCGCGUGUUGUUGCGACGAGUUAAUCGGAGUGUUGUCGACAGUCGUGUUUUGUCUAGACGGGUUACACAGAUAAUCGCCAGGGUAGCAGCAUGAUGGCCGACAAGACCUGAGCGAACCCAUCAGGAGGCUACACGGAGCAGCAUUCAUAGUGUCGGGAUACCUCUACUGAGGAGAGAAGGGAGUCGUCUGCUCUAGUAUGAAAUGUCGUCUGCUGCCAUGUCGUCUGCCCCAGACUCUCCCCGUGGAGGAAUGGAGAGAUCGAGCUACAUCAAGAUGCUGAGUAAUAUUGCCAAUGACCUUGACCUGUUGCUGACCGAUCUGUGUCACCUCUACCCGUUACCGUCGACAUCAGCCAAUCAGAAGUCAUGUUUCAGCCUGUCCACCAUGGCCCCUGAGGAUCCCGACCCCAGCAUAUCCCCCUAUGAUUGUCCUCGGGAGCACACAAGAAGCUGUGUCAGUGGCAGCAAGCUGAGUCUUCAGAGCGAACAGACGUCGACGGCAGACAGCGGCCAUGACAUCACCACGCCCGGCAGCCUGUCUCCGGAGAUGCCCCUGUACCACGUGGAACAAGUGGUUAAGAAGCAUGGGAUGAGGAGUGCAUCCAACUCGCCCUUGUCCGACAAUGUCGCAGAUCUCGAUCAGCGGCCAAUCAGCCUGUUUGAGAGACUCUCCAAGACGCAUGCAAUAUGGCUGCUCCCAGACAUUGGGCGAUCAGGCGCCGUCCACCUCCUCAAGGACAGAGUGACCGGGUCCUUUGUGGUGCGUCGGUCGAGUCAGCGUGACUCGCUGGCGUUGUCGGUGCAGCAUCAACAGGAGGCUUGCUCCAGCGUCGACCACUACAUCAUCGAAAGCACCAGCCACGGACUGAGACUGCAGGGUUCCGCCCACUACUUCUCCUCCAUUCCCCAUCUCAUCGAGUUCUACAUCUGCUGCAAGGAAGAGCUCCCCGAGCUGCUUGUGCUUCCUGCUGUCAUCAUGAGUGCAAGGUCGCCCAAGGAGUUGUCUUCCCUUGCUCUCUUAGGUCAAGAUUUCUGGCAGUCUCGUAUUUCCCGACACAACAGUUCCGACAGCUUGGCUGGGACCCCGGUCUUACACAAGUCCUGCAGUGAGCCCAUCAACAUCACACGACCCACGUCCAGCUUCCCGCCAGAGUUGCCGGCCAAGGUGAAGAAUGCAGCACCAUCUGCAUCCCUGGGCGACUUCUCCAAGUUCAUGAUCGACCGGAAACAUGCCCGCAUUGCAGAGGAGGCGCCACCCGUACCAGCCAUGAUGGAGGAAGGCAGUAGCCAGGUGACAGUGGAGACAGAUGGGGGGUGCUGCCCUCCUCCAGACCAAGUACCUGCCCCGCCAUCAGGAGACGAGAGUGAGGUCUCCCACCACCUGCAUGGUUACAGGGAACAGGUCGACCUGAAGUCACACACUCAUCCUCGAGCCUCAGACAAGGGCAAAUCGAGUCUGUACUUCACAACGUCCCUCGACCUCCUCCACAUCCCCGAGACCAGCUACUUCCGCAGCAGUCUGGAGGACAAGAUGAGCGAUUACGAGGACAUCUGGAAAAAUUCUGUGUGUGAGAGUGACAGUGUGAAGAACAAUAUGAAGUGCAAUAUGUGGACCCAGACCCAGGAGGAGCACGGCCAGGACAUCCCACGUGUGCACAACGACAUCAGUCCCACUCAUAAUGAGUCGGGGAUAUCAACUCUCUCCUCCAACGGAGGAUCACUGCCAAAGAACAAUGUCCACAAGGCAAUAGCCAUGAGUUCUUCCCACCAGUCUCGUGAGUCCACGCAUGUGUCAUGUGACGUGAGGGUCAGUCAGAGUAUGCACAGUGGCCGGAAUGUGGUUGAUACAUACGCAAAGUCCCACAUCCAAAAGUAUCAGCAGCAGAUGUGGGUGGUACCGGGGGACCCACGGCCGGGUGUGGUCAGAAAAGAAUCCCCCAAUUCUAGCUCAGCACCAAAAACUAAACCGCCUCCUUUGCCAAAUCUGUCUCGGAUUAAAUCUUCAUCCACAUCAUCGCUAUCAACGCUGGCACAUUCACCCAUUUAUGCUGAACCAGCAGAUGCUGUCAACUUGGACUGUGGGCGCCCAGUGAGUGUCCGGAUCAGGCGUCGCUCGGCGCCAUCGUACAGUCCUAAGGAUGGGCCGGAUCUGUUAAGGAUUCCCACGGCCCACCCCCCUCCAAAGGUUUCCCAGCAGCCUCAGCUGGAGACCAUCCUUUCACCUCGGAAUGUCCCUACAAGUGACAUGAUAUCAGAUUCCAGCAGUUUUGUCUUCAGUUUCGGUCGCCAACAAGUCCAAGAGGUCAAGGUCGCUGAGACAAGGAGUAGCAGACGCGCGGUUGGUCGCAGUCAGAGUAUGAAGACCGAGCGUCAGGAGACCCACAAGGUGACGAGACAGAGGAGUUUAAAGGAGAGGUUUGCCAGGUUAAAAACUGAUAUGUUGAAGUUUCGUACACCAGACAAUAAUAAAAGUGCUGUCUCAACCCCCGAGUCUGACGAGCAUCGACCGCGAGGUGCGAGCGGAAUCAAUGAUGUUCUCUUCUCUCUGGAAGACUUGGAAACUGCUUCUGGGAAAGUGGAAAGUCCACCACUUAACAAAUUCCCUGUGUACAAGAAGCAGAUGUCCACAGAGUUAAACAACCGUACGUCGUGUUUCUCUGAAUCGUCGACCGUACAGGACAUGAUCUCAUGUGCUCACCCAGAGUUCAACGUCCGCCCACUCCGACCCCUCACCGUCCGCAAUGUAAAGUGUGUGUCCGAGUAUGACAACCUCCGCCACGCCUACGCCCCUGCAUCUGUGACAGAAAGUACAGCAGGCACAGUAUUCUGUAAACCCUGGGAUAACUCCCCACUGGAAAACAUCUUACAUUCACGGAAUGGUGCUCUGCAACCUGCGAUGAAUGCCGAAGAGCGUGUGCAGCGUUGGCAAGAGAAUACUCGGUGUGCAAAGAAUAAAGUAACAGUAUCCACCAAUCAGAAUUUGCGAGACAGUAUUGGCCACGUGUCUGAUGUGCCAAGUGUGGGUUCCAACACAGACAGUGCGAUGGAGAUGCUCCACGGAGCUCGGUCUCGGAUUAACGGAAGUGUAUCAGCACAUCAGACACUGGUUUCCUACACAACAGAUUCAUUACAAAGUGCUCAUGUGAAUGUUGCCCUUGACGACACACAAGGGGGGAUAAUGCUUGAUCCUUCAGAUGAUGACGAAGUGAUUGCAGACAAUCUGAGUGAAGUCAUUAGUUCUGAUCUCCGGGAUAGAUUACGACCAAUUGUUUCUUGGUCUUCAUCCCACUCUAACAGCAACAACCCUGGCGGCAAGAUCCGUGAAUACAUCUUCCGGCUCUCCAUCGAUCACAACACAACGUUUGGCAGCACCAUCGAGAACUUCAUCCAGUGUACGCUUGAAAGUCAGGAACGCAACCCACACCACGUCAUGCGCAAUGUGCGGCAGUUCAUGACGGGGAUCAAGAACUACCUGGUGAAGCAUGGGGAGGGGGAGCUGGAGGGGCUCAUCGAGAGGGAGAGAACCAGGCUUGGGGCAAACGAGUUCCUGAACAUCGAUGCGAUCAUUGAGGGUGCCCUCCACGUAUGUGUCCUCCGGCCAGUCAAACAUCACAUCUAUAAGCUGUUCGUCCAGGAACACAACAGGUCCGGAAGCCUCAAGUUGAUGACAAGGAAUAUCAUGUACGCCCGUUCUAAGACACCGGAGGAGAUCGGCAUCAAGGCUUGUAUCAAGCCCCCGAAGCCGGCUGACAUGGAGCUGAUCAAGCAUCACCUGGACAAGAUGCAGAAGGCGUACUCUCCUCUGAAGAAGCUGGAGAACCUGCUAUUUGCCACAUCCACCAUAUACCAGUGUGUACGGCAGAAGCAGCCAUCCGUGACGCAACAGUCGAUGGGUGCCGACGACUUCCUGCCAAUGUUGAUUUACGUCAUGGUGCACUGUGGGUUGGUGUCCGCGGAGAUUGAGGCGGAGUUCAUGUGGGGUUUGCUGCACCCCUCCCUGCUGACAGGGGAGGGGGGAUACUACCUGACCACUCUCAGCAGCGCCGUCCUCGUCCUCAAGAACUUCCAGGACACACAGGAGACCCACGCAGCACAUCACUUGGGUCGUCUUCCGAGCAUCAGCGACAUGCAGGGUUUCCUCAAGAUUGCGAUUCCCGACGAGUUGCGGGACAGCAUCGUGUGGAAGACACUUCCCAUCAGGCCUAGUAUGAGCACCAAGGAUGUCUGUGCUCUGAUCGCACACAAGUUCAAGGUCACCAAUCCUCAGGACUACGGCCUGUACCUGCUGGUGGAUGGAGACGAGCGCCACCUGGCAGACAACCUCUGCCCGCAGAUGAUAAAGGGAGAAUACCUCGCCUCGACACAGGAAGCUGUCUUUGCCUACAAGAGAGUGGAAGCCAACAUUGCCUGGCCACGCAAUCUGAAAAAACCUGCAUUGAUGCAGGACAAGGUGUAACAAGCUCUACUACGCCUGAGGCUGAAAAUCUUGCCAGGAAUUUAUGGUGCUACAGUUAUCUUUAAUUUUCCUCAACUAUGCCAACAUGGGUUACCAUGGAAACCAGUCAAAAAUUUUCCAGUGACAAGACAUCCAAAGAGUUUAUCAACUUUUUUAACACAAAUGAUCUCUCCAGAAAAAAGUAUUGACAGAUCUCAGUGAAGCUUCAUUGGAAGGGAGGUAACUCUGUGAACACUAACCGGCUCCAAGUGGGACUAUACAGCAGUCCACAACCCCUGACCUCUGACCUCUCUCCUUCCUUGUGACUUUCAGGUGUCAGAAACCAGGAAUGGGUUUGAAUCCAAGAUUCACAGAAUGUUUCUUGGUUUUUCAGCACCAUUCUGAUGCUCAUGGAUUUAACAAAAGUGCCCAGACAGGCUUCAUGCAGUUGGUGGAUGAUGUAUCAGGCAAUGAGUAAGAUUGUCACCAGUGUGUGUGUGUGUGUGUGUAUGUGUGCGUGUGUGUGUGUGUGUGUGCGUGUGUGUAUGUGUGCGUGUGUUGGGGGGGGGGGGGGGGGGGGGAGCACAUGGGAUGGAGCUUGGAGUUUCUUCAAAUGAGACUUGAACUUGAAGUGCCUGAUGUUUUAUUGCCAGGGGAGGUAACUCUGUCAGAAUGAUGCAACUGUGACAAGGCAUCCUGUGCAAUACCUUAGAUUUUUUUUCCAUGGCAGACAAAGUAUUGUUUGUUUUUGCUGACAUAUUCCCAUGGCAACUGUUUUAUGAGAAAAUCAUGACCAGCAUUGAUGGUGACAUAAUACAGUGUCUGGUGCUUGGCAACGCUGUACUCUGUUGUCUGUUCUGUGUACGACCAGUUGUUGUCAGAGAUAUAUAUAUAUAUAUAUAUUUGUAUAUAUGUAGAUUGUGUAACAUAUUGAAUACAUGGUGAGUGACAUGUACAGUGACUAUGUACCAUGAUGAUGUACAGUGAUCGUGUACAUUGUGUGACAUUGUAUGUACAUUAUGGCAUUGUGUAGUGAUUGUGGCAUUGUGUGACAUUGUAUGUACAUUGUGGCAUUGUGUACAGUGAUUGUGUACAUUGUUUACAUACAUUGUUUACAUUGUGUACCUGAGUUGUGUAUGGUUGUGACCCAGAAGAGUGAUAUAUUUUUUGUGUGAAUUUUUAAUGAAAUAUAUUUAAUCAAAAUUAUGUUACAUAUUGACUUUGUUUUUGUUUGUUUUGACUGGAUGAAUAAUAGUGAUGGUUAAACAAUCCUCAAAAUAAUAGUAUGAAGUCGGCAUUACCAAAUUGUGACCCUUAAAAACUGAUGCUUGUGAAGGUUUAAUCAAAUAUAUUUAAUCAAACUUAUUUCACAUAUUGACUUUGUAUUAGUUUGUUUUGACUGGAUGAACAAUAGUGAUGGUUAAACAAUCGUCAAAAUAAUAGUUUAAAUGAAACUGGCAUUACCAAAUGUGACCCUUAGUAGCCAUUAGUUAAGAUUCUGUAAGUUUGACCUGAUAUUGAAUCAACAACUUUAUGUACUUUUUACUCUGCAGACCUGGCUACUGCAAGCAACAAAGUUGUAUUACUGAUGGUUGCCACCCUCUGUGCCAUAAUAUUAUUACUUCAUUCUAUGUCCAACUUAUUCAUAAUAUAUGAUAUUGCGUAUAUAUAUUUUCAAGCUGUUUCGCUCAUAUAUGAAUGAAUUAAGCUUCGAAAUAAAGUAUUUGACUAAA